UCCGGUCUUUCAUGCUGCUCUGCUGCCUCGAUGACAGCUGCUUACAGUGCGCACCUCCGUGUUCCGGGAAAAAACAAACGAUCUUGUUCACGAGACUUUGAAGGCUCCAGUCAGGAACUUCAGCAGAACAACCAUCAAGCAUGAGCUACAUGCUAACCAGCAGCCAGCAGAAAACCAUCUGCUCCCAGCUGGGAAGAGUCAAACUCCAGCUGCUGUACAAGGCCAGCAUCCAUGGUUUCACAAGUGCAGCCUUCCACCAGCGAUGUGACAACCGCUGUCCCACAGUGUCUGUGGGCUAUAACGCCUCCGGUUAUGUGUUUGGAGGCUACACCCAACAACCCUUCUGUCAGUCUGGGCAGUACGUGCAUGAUGACGAGGCCUUUCUUUUCACCUUCAACGGAGAAAAGCUCCUCAAAUAUCCAGUCACUACUCCAGCUAAUGCAGUAAGAAUGAUAAGUACCUCUGGUCCAUAUUUUGGAGAAGCAUUUGUUCUUGUCACUGGAGGCAAAGCAGUAGUCCAUACCAGUCCAGGGAAGUAUUACAACUUCAAUGCUGCAGAUAUACAUGGCGACGACCUCAACUUGACUGAGUGUGAAGUCUAUGAAGUGGAGACCUUCCCAGAAUUUGAGAAGCCAUGGAGGCCAGUGGUCUGGGAAAACGAGAAGAGGACAGAGAUGAUGGACAGUAUUAGGCUCUACUGCCCCUUGUCUAGCUCCAACGUGUCCCAGGUUCGGGUUCUGCUUAUUGGAGCCGUUGGAGCUGGAAAGUCCAGCUUCUUCAAUUCCAUCAGCUCUGUAUUCAGAGGCCACGUCACCAACCAGGCCAUCGCCGGCUGCUCUACCACCAGCCUCACCACACAGUUUCGCACCUACUCAGUGAAAGCUGGACGAGGAGGAAAACCUCUGCCAAUCAUGUGUGAUACCAUGGGAUUGGAGGAAAGCACAGGGGCGGGCCUUGAUGUGGAUGACAUCAUCAGCAUCCUCAAAGGUCAUCUGCCAGACACCUAUCAGUUCAACGCGUCUGCUCCUCUGCAUUUGGAGGCCAUUGGCUAUCGCAAGUCUCCAGACCUAAAGGACAAGAUCCACUGUGUGGCUUACGUCAUUGAUGCCACCAAGGUCUCCAUCAUGCCUGCAAAACUGGAGGGGAAGCUUGAAGCUACCCGCAGAAAGAUCAACUCGAUUGGUAUUCCUCAGCUGGUCCUGAUGACUAAAGUGGAUGAAGCCUGCCCUUUAGUUUCACAGGACAUUAGGAACAUUUAUAAGAGCGGUUACAUUGAGGAAAUGAUGCAGGAAGUCAGCACUCGGCUCGGUGUGCCAAUGUCCUGUGUUGUUCCGGUGAAGAACUACAGCAAAGAGUUUGAGUUGGAUCAGAACUGUGACAUCCUGCUUCUCACCGCCGUCAUCCAGAUGCUUCGCUUCGCUGAUAGUUACUUUGAAGACCUCAGUGACCGACUCAGCAACGUUGAAACCCCAGAAUACUGAAUAAUUAAAACAGCAGACUUUAAAUCUUUUCCAACUGUAAUGAAAAGUUCCUCAAACUGACCCAUCGUCCAGUAGGUCAGGUCCAAGAUGGCUACCACAUUCAUAGCCUUAUCGUUGCACUGGAUAAAUGCCUGAUAACAAUUAGUUAUUAUAAUAAUUAUGAAGAAGAAAACAGGUGAUUCUAAACUUUUCAUACGGUAGUGAACAUUGCCUGGAUUUUGCUUUAGCUGCUUCACAUAAUGCAUCUUGGUCUUGCAGUUAUACUCCACUGACAGUAACAGUGCUAAUACUACACUUUCAUGAAAGUUUUAAUUAAACUCAUUCUGUCCUUUUUUCAUCAAGCUUUGUAGUUAUACAUUUUAGUAUUUAGAGUAUUGAUGACAUGGAAUGACUUCCCAGUAUUGGCAGAUAAAAUCAUGUAUAUUAUCUUUUGCUUCUAGUUUUGUUAGUGAAAGGGUGUCAUGUUGAAUUUCAAAACUUCACUUGUAGAUCCUUAAUCAUUCCUAAAAUGUAUUAAAGUCAGUAUUUUGUUGUUCAAUAAAAGGUCAACGUGCA